AUGGUGUACCGGGGCCAGGGCCAGAAGGUGAUGGUGCAGCCCAUCUAUCUCAUCUUCAGGUACUUGCAAAAUAGAUCUCGGAUUCAAGUGUGGCUUUAUGAGCAAGUGAAUAUGCGGAUAGAGGGCUGUAUCAUUGGUUUUGAUGAGUAUAUGAACCUCGUAUUAGAUGAUGCAGAAGAAAUUCAUUCUAAAACAAAGUCAAGAAAACAACUGGGUCAAAUCAUGCUAAAAGGAGAUAAUAUUACUCUGCUCCAAAGUGUCUACAACUAGAAAUGAUCAAUGAAGUGAGAAAUUGUUGAGAAGGCAAUACAUUUUGUUUUUUAGGUGUUGUUAAAAGUGUAGCUGUAAAACAUUUAUU